AUGUCCUUCCCGAAGUGGCAGGCUUGGCGACGAAGGGAAAGGAAGACGCCCAACGGGGGCUGCCUACAGCGUGCGGCUGCAGGGCAAGCAGCACCGCUCACGUUGCCCCGAACUGGAGCUGGAGGAUCCCGUCCUCGCCCGUCCUCAGCUGGAACCGGAGCAUCUGAUGUUGAGGAACUGUUGCAACAUGUUGCAACAGAUGCAUCAGUGUUCCGCCCGGACCAGGAAGGGAUGGGAGCGCUUCUAGCCAGGAUCGCCCGUUUGGUGAUGGCUUUGAAGAUUCUAGGGCAUGAGGUCAAGCCUGAAGACCUGGAUCGAGUCACGCUGAAGGCCGAGAUCAUCCAGGACGUCUAUGACCGGAAGACCAUGAAGGCAGAAGUGCUUGGGCAGGUGGGCCUGGCUCUCGGUGGAAAAGAGAGGUCAAAGAGCGACAAGUUGUUCAGCACACCUUCAGUUGAAGGCCCCGUUCUCGGCUCUCCGGCUCGAGCUGCAGUGUCGCUGAAGAAAGUUGGGCGUGCUGGACUCGCAAAGCAUGCAGCGAGCGGGGGAGACUCGCCGAAGGUCGCCGCCCUUGAGAUGGAAUUGGAGGCUCUCAAACGCGGCUCCGAAGGUUCGUUCGCUGGAGGAGGAGAUCUUGCUGAGGCCUUGGAAGCACAAACGAAGAUGUUGAAGGAAACCUUGAUCGCAAAGAUCAAGGAAAAACACCUGGUUUUUGCUGAGAGGAAAGAAGAGAAGGAAGUCCGCGCCGCGAGCAUUUCGAAAUUGGAAUUGGUUGGCUUGGGGAAGACGCAACGAGAGCUGUAUCUCUUGUAG